AGCGGAGCUGCAGCCGGAGCGAGAGGAAGAGGAAGAGCGAGCGCGCCAGAGCGAGGGCACCGCCGCCGGCCGGGGGCGCUGAGCCUGCCCGGAACUCCGCCGCCUGCGCCGCGCGCCGCGCCCCGCGGGCCAUGGGAGCCGGCCGCCGGCAGGGACGACGCCUCUGAGACCCGCCACCGGCCUCGGGGACCAUGGGGGGCGAUCAGGCCCGCAAGGGCGGAGGGGGCCCGAAGGACUUCGGCGCGGGACUCAAGUACAGCUCGCGGCACGAGAAAGUGAAUGGCUUGGAGGAAGGCGUGGAGUUCCUGCCGGUCAACAACGUCAAGAAGGUGGAAAAGCGUGGCCCGGGGCGCUGGGUGGUGCUGGCCGCCGUGCUGAUCGGCCUCCUCUUGGUCUCGCUGGGGAUCGGCCUCCUCGUGUGGCAUUUGCAGUACCGGGACGUACGUGUCCAGAAGAUCUUCAAUGGCUACCUGAGGAUCACAAAUGAGAAUUUUGUGGAUGCCUACGAGAACUCCAACUCCACUGAGUUUGUAAGCCUGGCCGGCAAGGUGAAGGACGCGCUGAAGCUGCUGUACAGCGGAGUCCCGUUCCUGGGCCCCUACCACAAGGAGUCGGCCGUGACAGCCUUCAGCGAGGGCAGUGUCAUCGCCUACUACUGGUCUGAGUUCAGUAUCCCGCAGCACCUGGUGGAGGAGGCCGAGCGCGCCAUGGCCGAGGAACGCGUAGUCAUGCUGCCCCCGCGGGCGCGCUCCCUGAAGUCCUUUGUGGUCACCUCAGUGGUGGCUUUCCCCACUGACCCCAAAACCGUACAGAGGACCCAGGACAACAGCUGCAGCUUUGCCCUGCACGCCCGCGGUGUGGAGGUGAUGCGCUUCACCACGCCCGGAUUCCCUGACAGCCCCUACCCGGCUCAUGCCCGCUGCCAGUGGGCCCUGCGGGGGGAUGCCGACUCAGUGCUGAGCCUCACCUUCCACAGCUUUGACCUCGCGUCCUGUGAUGAGCGCGGCAGCGACCUGGUGACGGUGUACAACACCCUGAGCCCCAUGGAGCCCCACGCCCUGGUGCAGUUGUGUGGCACCUACCCUCCCUCCUACAACCUGACCUUCCUCUCCUCCCAGAACGUCCUGCUCAUCACACUGAUAACCAACACGGAGCGGCGGCAUCCCGGCUUUGAGGCCACCUUCUUCCAGCUGCCUAAGAGGAGCAGGUGUGGAGGCCACUUACGUAAAGCCCAGGGGACAUUCAACAGCCCCUACUACCCGGGCCACUACCCACCCAACAUUGACUGCACAUGGAACAUUGAGGUACCCAACAACCAGCACGUGAAGGUGCGCUUCAAAUUCUUCUACCUGCUGGAGCCUGGCGUGCCUACGGGCACCUGCCCCAAGGACUACGUGGAGAUCAAUGGCGAGAAGUACUGCGGAGAGAGGUCCCAGUUCGUCGUCACCAGCAACAGCAACAAGAUCACAGUUCGCUUCCACUCGGAUCAGUCCUACAGCGACACCGGGUUCUUAGCUGAAUACCUCUCCUACGACUCCAAUGACCCGUGCCCGGGGCAGUUCACGUGCCGCACGGGGCGGUGUAUCCGGAAGGAGAUGCGCUGUGAUGGCUGGGCCGACUGCACCGACUACAGUGAUGAGCUCAACUGCAGUUGCGACGCCACCCACCAGUUCACAUGCAAGAACAAGUUCUGCAAGCCCCUCUUCUGGGUCUGCGACAGUGUGAACGACUGCGGAGACAACAGCGACGAAGAGGGGUGCAGUUGUCCCACCCAGACCUUCAGGUGUUCCAAUGGAAAGUGCCUCUCCAAGAGCCAGCAGUGCGAUGGGAAGGACGACUGUGGGGACGGGUCCGACGAGGCCUCCUGCGCCAAAGUGAACGUCGUCACUUGUACCAAACACACCUACCGCUGCCUCAACGGGCUCUGCUUGAGCAAGGGCAACCCCGAGUGUGACGGGAAGACGGACUGUAGCGACGGCUCAGAUGAGAAGGACUGCGACUGUGGGCUGCGGUCAUUCACCAGACAGGCUCGUGUUGUUGGGGGCACAGAUGCGGAUGAGGGCGAGUGGCCCUGGCAGGUGAGCCUGCAUGCGCUGGGCCAGGGCCACGUCUGCGGUGCUUCCCUCAUCUCUCCCAACUGGCUGGUCUCCGCCGCGCACUGCUACAUCGAUGACAGAGGAUUCAGGUACUCGGACCCCACGCAGUGGACGGCCUUCCUGGGCUUGCACGACCAGAGCCAGCGCAGUGCCCCUGAGGUGCAGGAGCGCCGGCUUAAGCGCAUCAUCUCCCACCCCUCCUUCAACGACUUCACCUUCGACUACGACAUCGCGCUGCUGGAGCUGCAGAAACCGGUGGAGUACAGCUCCGUGGUGCGGCCCAUCUGCCUGCCGGAUGCCUCCCAUGUCUUCCCUGCCGGCAAGGCCAUCUGGGUCACAGGCUGGGGACACACCCAGUAUGGAGGCACCGGCUCGCUGAUCCUGCAGAAGGGUGAGAUCCGUGUCAUCAACCAGACCACCUGCGAGAGCCUCCUGCCGCAGCAGAUCACGCCACGCAUGAUGUGCGUGGGCUUCCUCAGUGGCGGCGUGGACUCCUGCCAGGGUGACUCCGGGGGACCCCUGUCCAGCGUGGAGGCGGAUGGGCGGAUCUUCCAGGCCGGUGUGGUGAGCUGGGGAGACGGCUGCGCUCAGAGGAACAAGCCAGGCGUGUACACGAGGCUCCCUCUGUUUCGGGACUGGAUCAAAGAGAAAACUGGGGUAUAGGGGCAGGGGCCACCCAAAUGUGUACGCCUGCGGGGUCACCCACCGUCCACCCCAGUGUGCACGCCUGCAGGCUGGAGACUGGACUGCUGACUGCACCAGCGCCGCAGAACAUAAGACUGUGAACUGCAUCUCCAGGGCUCCAAAUCUGCCUAGAAAACCUCUCCACUUCCUCAGCCUCCGAGGUGGAGCUGGGAGGUGGAAGGGGAGGACAGUGGUGGUUCUACUGACCCAACUGGGGGCAAAGGUUUGAAGAUACAGCUUACCCCACCAGCCCCAAGCGGGGCCGAGGCCGUUUCUGCACAGCUGGCUGUCUAAGGAGCAGCGGAACGGAGCCUCGGGGCCUCCUCAAUAAAGGUGGGGGCUGCCGGAUCUGGGCUGUGGGGCCCUUGGGCGGUGCUCUUCAGGAAGCCCAGGCUCAGAGGACCCUGGAAAACAGACGGGUCUGAGGUUGGGAUUGUUUUACCAGCUCCCAGGGUGGACUUCAGUGUGUGUAUUUGUGUAAAUGAGUAAAACAUUUUAUUUCUUUUUAA